AUGGGUACGUAGCCCAAUAUCCUCGCCUUCGUAUGCAAGUGGUAGUCCUGUUACUCUGUCCGAGGCCGUCCUUGCUGAAAAGCUGAAAGACUCGUUGAUGCGGUUCAGGACGCUGCGAACGCAAGAAAUUGCAAAGAGCAUGCUUGAUCAUAGGCUGACGGAUUUCUGACUUUAGGUAUCGAUCUCGACCACCACCACGUCCGCAAUACGCACCGAAAGGCGCCAAAAAGUGACAAUGUCUAUCUCAAGUUGCUCGUGAAGCUCUAUCGCUUCUUGGCUCGUAAGUUUGCCCUCCAUCUUCAUUUCCAUAUUCGCGUCGCGCAAAAAAUCUAACCAAAUUUUCUUGCACAGGCCGAACUGAUGCCUCCUUCAACAAGGUCGUUCUCCGAAGACUUUUUAUGUCCAAGAUCAACAGACCCCCAGUCUCCAUCUCCCGAAUUGUUGCCAACACUUCUGAGAAGAGCAACAACAAGACCGUUGUUGUUAUCGGUACCAUCACUGAUGACAACCGUCUGUUGACCGUCCCAAAGCUCAGCGUUGCAGCUCUCCGCUUCACCGCAACCGCCCGUGCUCGCAUUCUCGCUGCCGGUGGUGAGACUUUGACCCUCGAUCAAUUGGCAUUGAGAGCUCCAACCGGAAGCAAUACUCUCCUCCUUAGAGGACCAAAGAACUCCAGAGAGGCCGUCAAGCACUUCGGAAUGGGACCACACAAGCACAAGGUAAUUUUCAUGCAGAAAAUUGGGCCUCCAAAAACUAACGUAAUUUGUAGAAACCAUACGUCGAGUCCAAGGGUCGCAAAUUCGAGAAGGCUCGUGGUCGUCGUCGUUCAAGAGGUUUCAAGGUCUAAACGCAUUUCGACUAGUCAAGAUAAUUUUGCAAAUCUCGAUAAUCUCCUGCGAGGGAUAUACUAUGGGAUUUGCAGGUGUCUGGCGAAAAGCUUGGGGGGUCUGAUUGAGG